CUCGCCAACCCUUCCCCUACUCCGCCACCCACACACAAAAUAAAGUAAGCCGGGUGGGGGAGUGCGCGCCCAGAAAGGGAACAAGAAGCAAGGCGCCUGUGACACAAAAUGGAGAAAGAGGAACCGAGAGGGGAAAGGAAGAAGGAAAACCGAGUCAGGGAGCUUAUUCAUAAGAAUAGGAAAGGGGCCGAGGGGUAGAGAACACCCGAAGGAAAGCGCAGGAGGCCCUCGUGAGAGGGCAAGGGGAAAAAGAUCGACGAAGUAAGAGCGAGAAGAGAAAAGGAAAGCAAGACUUUCUAGAUGCCGAGGCUCCAUUUUCAGCAGCGCCAUAUUCGCUUUUCCUCUCGCCGCUUUUGGCUGGGUUUUGUGUGCAGCGGUGGACAGGCGCCAGCACAUUUCUGCAGCUUCAGCGGCUCUGCUCCGUCACCUGGGGAGGGCCGCAAGGCCCGGGCGGGGGACGCGAUCUUGGCCCGGGCCCCGGCGCAGCCCCCUCCCCUGCCUGGCGGUUCCUGCCCCGCGCCCGCCCGGAGCUCCUCUGGGCUUCAAAGUGGGCUUCCAACUCAGGCCCGGCCGGGAAGGGACAACACCUCGCUCGCGGCCCCGCCGCAGCCCUCGGGGGACGCGGGCCCUCUAGUUUCGCCCAAGGUGUGGCUGGGCGCGCGUCCCAAGGGGAUGCGUAACCCAGAAUCGAAAAAGACGAACUGAACCUUUGGGGAGGAGGAGAGGGCGCAUGCUGGGGGCACCGGGGCUUGGGGACGCUCCUGGAGGUGACCGGGCCACCUCCACCUGCGCGGGGCCACUCGCAGGGAGCCCGCGAUCGAUGCCCACCGCGGUGCCUGGCCCAGACUGCCAGGCUUCUCGCGGCUCCUGGAUAAACGUCCGAGGUCGAGGCUCGGCCGGGAGCCCCCGGCGGGUCCGCCGGCCUCCGGGCGCCAGUUCGGGAAGCGGCCGGGACCCGGGUCUUCGCGGUUCCCAGGGACUUCAGGCGCGGCCGGUGUCUGAAAGCUCCUCAGGGUUACGUCCUGGGGCGAUUGGAAGCGGCUCACGACUCAGAAAGUCGGGGCUUCUCGCCCCGGGUCCCCACCACUGGUGGCUGUCGAAUCCCACCUCAGUCCUUGGGUAUAGGCGCAAGCGCGCCCCAGUACCGUUUUCUUCGCGCUCACCGCAGUUAUUCUUCAUUCGCACUUGACAUCGUUCUUCGGUCAAGAUUAGGUCCUCGCUAGUCCCAGAGAAGCCCCUGGGUCCCUGGUGCCUUCAGCCUCGCAGCGUAGGAGCAGCCGGCCCGGGAAAUCCGGAGGCCGCGGCCAUGGAGGCCCCAGGCCCGGAGGCCCCGCGCCGUCGGGUUUCGCGCAGCGCGGCUAGCCAGAUCCGCCGGCUCCUUCUCUGUCCUAGUCUCCCGCUCUCCACCCCGUAGAGGUGACGGUGGCUGGAGGCUGGAAGCGACGGUUUCUUCGGUCCGUUGGAGGGGAACGUUGUCAGGGUAGACUCAGGAUCACAGGGAAGGGAACCGAGCCACACAGGGUCCCCGGGCGUCCCGGGUGCGUUGUUGGUUUCGCUCCUAGAAGGAAAGGCCUUCCCGCUUGUGUUCUACGGGUUCACCAGGUCCUCCCUCCCUGGACAACUUCAGCUUUGUGCGUAUCACCGGGCCCCGGGAUACUCGAAUCCUCCCAGACCCGGGAAUCCAUCAGAAGCGCUACCCGAACUUGGCUCCCUGGGAGCUCCCCCAGCGCAGCGGCCGCGCCCUGGAGUCCAUCCACUCCGCGAGCCACCGACGGCGCCUGCCCACCCGCGGCUGGGCUUUGCGUGUUGUAAGCCGGCUGGCUAUUCUAUCGCCACCGCAAGAUGAGCUGGCCUUUAAAUUUUCAAAGAACAUUUAAGUCAUUUUCAACAGUUCACGCUUUUUAUAUCUCUUUUCAGACUGCAGAUUUCCACAAGGAAAAAUGUAUCUUUCCUAGACGGCAAAAAGCAGAUUUCUUUCUUUCUUCUUUUUAAAAAGUUGCCUUUAAAUGCAGAUCUCAUAUUACUUGGGGGUUAAAUUGUUUCGCCUAAGAGAAAGUUUAAUUACUAAGCUCAAACGUUAGUCUUGACACUUUCAGUGAAGAUGAUCCUUUCCCUGUGUUGUUUGUGAAAUGUUAAAAUCAAAAUUUCAAAAUGAAAUAGCUGUUUAAUGGCUCUAGAAUAUUCCAGAAAUUUAAGAACUAAAAUUAUUGACAAGGUGCAAGGCCUAGUUCACAAAUAACAUUCCAGCUUCUGUUUCUGAGAGAGUUCUUUUUUAAGGCUAUAAAAGAUUUUUGAAGUUAAAAGUAUUCAUAGCCUGGAACAGACAUUGAUCAUUUGACAAUAUAUGAAAUUUUAAAUUGUGCAUUAUAAGUCUCAUGUUUAUGUUAUCUUUCUUGGAUAUACUCCAUAGCCUUUUGUGCUUUCCUCUUUUAUGGGAAAGGUUACAAUUCACUUACUAGGUUUCUUUUAAUUUAAUCAGGAUCUGACUUAAAAAAAAACCCUAAAGCUAUUUAGAAAAUGAUAUUUUAUGGCAGCCAAAUACAAAAAUGAAUAAAGCUUGAAGUAAGUUAUUUUCUCAUCUCUCAAGAAUUGCUUCCUUUUGAAAUAAAAGUUGGGAGUUGUACUUUGGUAGGUGUUCUUAUCCACUCAAACCUAGCCAUUGAACACAAGUAAUUAGGUAUUAAGGCCUACUUAAAAAAUAUAUCAUUGUAAAACAUUUAUUAAACCCUAGGAAAAACAUGUUUCUUUUCAUGAAGCCAUGUACUGAUCAACUUUCAACACAGAGCAAAGAUUAAUGUGUGCCACUUCUAGCAUUUCACGUGUUAAAUAUGGCUAGGUGAUAUACAAUUCAAAAAGAAAUAUUUGAUAGAUUUAUAAUUUUAAAAGGCAUAUAAUCAGAGUCUUGGAAUUAAGAAGCAGAAUGUUAAAUGGAGCUCUUAUGUUUUAUUCCAGAUCCAUUUAGAAAGGUGAUAUCAAUGACCUUCACAGCAAGUUUUUGGCAAGAUAAUCCUUAAGAAUAGCAAAAAGCCAAUUUGCAAAUAUCCAGUAUUUGAUAGUCAAUACAUAACACACACGAUCUUUACAGAAGUAUAUACUUAUUUUAAUAUUACCUGUUGGUAUAUUUUAAAUGGUCUUUAUGUAUAUUAUAAAUACCUCAAAUUUCAAUUAUCUGCAAUUUUUACAUUUUUGAAGUACAUUUUCUUAAAUUCCAGAUUUUGCUGUAUGUCAGCAUAUGGAAUAUAUUCAGGUAUUUCAUGCUAAUAGAAUCAAAAUGUAAAUAUCUAAAAUAAGGCAUGUAUCAUACUAUGAUAGGGAUCAGCAAAGAAAAUCAUUUUCCUGUAAUUCUAUUGGCAUUUUAAGAACAUUCAAUGGAAACCAUAAAUUUCUAAUUUAUUAAGACCUUAUUUUUGUACCUAAUUAUUAAAAAGUAAUACUAUUUGUGUUCUCUAAGCCAUUGCUUUAUUAAAUACUCUUCUAAUCCUUCCUAACCCAUUGCUCUAUUACUCUUCUGAUUAUGUCUGCUUGAUACCAAACAUUAUCCAACACUUAAUGAAAUGAAAUAUUUUCAUUUCCCUUUUUGUUUAUGCUGUUUCUGAAUUGUUAUAUGAGAAAUUGAUAUAGUUCAAAGAUAAUAAAUUUAAAUCUAAAAUUAAGAUGAA